AUGGCUUCCGGUGGCUUUGCCGAGCCGACCCUCCUCGAUCUAGUCCCAACCCUCGUCGGAGAGUCCAAUUUCUCUACGUGGACGACUUCACUCAAGUGGACCCUCGACUCGCGCGACCUUCGAUAUUACCAACUUCUCACCGGCGUGUGGAGUGAACCCAGUGUAGCCCACCCCACACAGCUUACUCUCACUGAAGUUGAGGCUCGUACCCAGUGGGAUACCGCAAGUCGUUACCUCCUUCCGCUACUCAACGCCACCGUUCACCACACGGUCAAGUUUUACAUUCUUGACGCUAAUAAUGCACGUACCGCAUACGCCAAUCUCCACCGCGCCUUCGCAGCCCGGUCUUACGAAGCCAGCUUUUCUAAUUUCCUGAAGUUUAUCAACACCACAUACACUUCAAACAAGCCUCAGGCUUUUGUCAACGAGUGGCGUAUUGCCCUUGGCGAACUCCAAGAGAGCAAUUCGACAAAGCUCACGCCUCUUCUCAUCUUUUACCAUUUCCUGAACGCUGUCAGCGCCAACCCAGCCGCGCACUCGUGGCUCGACGGCUUCCUCAAUUCGAAAGUCUCCACUGAUACAACCAUUGAAUCCACCUUCGCUGACUUUGUCGUUUCCGAGGAUCGUCGCCUCAACUCUCUCAAUCAAGCUCACUCCUUCAGCUUGACCAAAGUUAAUCAUCUCCCGUUCUUUUGCCACUAUCAUAAUCGUCAAGCCGGUCAUUCCAGUGAGCACUGCUUCCGCAACCCCGCUAACCAAGUUCCUUUGGAUAAAGUGGUUACGGCUCCGACUACGGCUCUCGCUCAACGUACAGUCACCGAAGACCCGCCUGCUGAGUAA